AUGACCGAGGUGAAAGCCAAGGAGCCCAGAGCGCCUCCCCCUGCCACAGACGGGGCGGUCCUGCUGCAGGGUCAGCCCGGCCGAGAUCCCUUCGGCGAGGAAGCAGAGUCCAUCGACAUCGCCCUGGACAGGCUGCUUUACCCCAAGAGCAGCGACGAGGAGGAGGGCGAAGAGGAGGAGGAGGAGGAGGAGCCCCCCCCCCCCCCCCCCCCCCCCCCCCCCCCCCCCCCCCCCCCCCCCCCCCCCCCCCCCCCCCCCUUCCAGCCAGGGAGCGGCUCCCUCUCGGUCAAGGACUGCCUGGACCCCAUCCUGGACACCUUCCUGGCUCCCGCGGCUCAUGCCAGCUCCACCGUGCCCGCGGCGCCCUGGUGCUUCUUCGAGGCGGAGGAGGCGCCCGACGGCGCGAUGAGCAGCGGCCCCUCGCAGAAGGCGGCCGAAGCCGCCCCGGGCCCCUGCCACGAAUACCCGCAGGCUCCGCGGGCCGGGCAGGAGCCCUCGCUGGAGUGCGUCCUCUACAAGGCGGAGCCCACCCUGCUGGCCGGCGCCUACGGGCCGGCGGCGCCGCCCGACAGCCUGCCCUCCACCUCGGCCGCGCCGCCGGGGCUCUACCCGGCCCUGGGGCUGAACGGGCACCAGCCGCUGGGCUUUCCGGCCGCCGUGCUCAAGGAGGGCCUGCCCCAGCUCUGCCCGCCCUACCUCGGCUACGCGCGGCCAGAUACAGAAGCCAGCCAAAGUUCUCAGUUCAGUUUCGAAUCACUACCCCAGAAGAUUUGUCUCAUCUGCGGGGAUGAGGCCUCAGGUUGCCACUAUGGAGUACUUACCUGUGGAAGUUGUAAAGUCUUCUUUAAAAGGGCAAUGGAAGGGCAGCACAACUAUUUAUGUGCUGGAAGAAAUGACUGCAUAGUCGAUAAAAUCCGUAGGAAGAACUGCCCAGCAUGUCGCUUGAGGAAGUGCUGUCAAGCUGGUAUGGUCCUGGGAGGUCGAAAACUGAAAAAAUUUAACAAAAUUAAAGUUGUGAGAACAUUAGAUGUUGCACUCCAGCAGCCAUCAGCCCUUCAAGAUGAAAGCCAGUCUCUAACCCAAAGGCUGUCCUUUUCUCCAAAUCAAGAAAUACAAUUUGUUCCCCCAAUGAUAAGUGUUUUACGAGGCAUUGAGCCAGAAGUUGUCUAUGCUGGUUAUGACAAUACAAAACCUGAAACACCAAGUUCCUUGCUGACCAGUCUGAAUCACCUUUGUGAGAGGCAACUUCUUUGUGUAGUCAAGUGGUCUAAAUUGCUACCAGGUUUUCGGAAUUUGCAUAUUGAUGAUCAGAUAACCCUCAUCCAAUAUUCCUGGAUGAGUCUAAUGGUUUUUGCUAUGGGGUGGAGGUCAUACAAACAUGUCAGUGGUCAGAUGUUGUAUUUUGCACCAGAUCUGAUUCUAAAUGAACAGAGGAUGAAAGAAUCAUCGUUCUAUUCCCUGUGUCUGUCCAUGUGGCAACUCCCACAGGAAUUUGUCAGACUUCAAGUUAGCCAAGAAGAGUUCCUGUGUAUGAAAGCACUGUUACUUCUCAACACAAUUCCUUUGGAAGGUCUAAGAAGUCAAAGCCAAUUUGAUGAGAUGAGAACAAGUUACAUCAGAGAACUGGUGAAGGCAAUUGGUUUGCGCCAGAAAGGCGUUGUGGCCAACUCACAGCGAUUCUAUCAACUUACAAAACUGCUGGAUUCCAUGCAUGAUCUGGUGAAACAGCUCCAUCUCUUCUGUUUGAACACAUUUCUCCAGUCCCGUGCACUGAGCGUUGAAUUCCCUGAGAUGAUGUCAGAGGUGAUUGCUGCCCAGCUACCCAAGAUUCUAGCAGGGAUGGUGAAACCUCUUCUCUUUCACAAGAAGUGAAAUGUCUUUUCUCUUAUCAUAGAGAUGAUACUUGGGUCAUUUUUUGUUUGUUUAUUUUGGUCAAGAUUUUGCAAUGUCAAGACUUCAGCAUGUUUGACAUACUUACCCUGCCGACUGCUUUGUACCUGUAACAUACACAAGCCAUUCAAGCUUGAUGUACAUAUUGUGAGUUCCUGAUUCCUUAACUGCAAAAAUCACAACAGUCAUAAGAAAUGUUUUGUAAACUUGUCUAAGCUGCCUUUUCAAUAUGCAUAUGAAUGACAAUGAAUAGACUUUCCAGAUUUCUAACAACAGUUAUACAUUUUUCUUACACAUUUCACGCUCUUGAAUUUCUGGUAUGAUAUGGUGCAAAAUUUUUACUUUAGUAUGUUGUGUGCAUGGGUACAUGUGGGCACAUGUAUAAUUUAAGAUUUUUGAGGAAUUAAAAUAAAUAUUGCCCACAUUUUCUUAUGGAUAUUUCACUUUUUAUUACUGCAAUGUCAUAAUGAGUAACUAAAGUGCUAGGCACACAGUAUACAUUCAUACUCUCAUCUGUGGUCAUGUUACAUUGAAACUCUCAAGUCAUGUUGUUUUCUGCAGCAUUCAGUGGAGGUCUUCUUCAAAAAUCAGAAAGUUUAGGGAAAUUUCAAUGUGUAUUGCACCGAAGCAAUGUGUAUGCUAACCCACUAAGGCUUUGGUUAAAAAGUUCAGCACUUACUAAAACUAAACCACUUAGCUGUGAUCCUAAAUUCAUCAACUCUUACAUUCUGUAUUUCAGAAGCUUUAAAUAGAAAUGUUUUCAAUUCUUAAUAAUCUUAAUGUUUUGAAUUCCAAUGCUGAAGGCUCCAUCAACCAUUAGCAUCAAAUUAUAGUGAGAUUAGAUGCAAAAAGAAAUGGAAAAUAUGACUGCAAACAUUUUGAUACACAUCAGACUCAUUUUAGUACAAUUUAGUUGAGCUACAUUUUCUAUUCUAAAAGCAUGCCAUUAUAAAUGGGGUAACUGUAAAAAAGGAAUUGGGCUCAAUUUCCUUUGUACAUUCAAGAAGAAUGGCAUGUUUUACCAUAGAAAUGAAUAUUCAACUGAAAAAUUAUGAUCUGGUGAUGUUUUUUUGUUUGAUAGGGUUAUGAAGCAACUCAUGCAUUUAAGGCAGUAAACUGAGAUAUAUUCAAACAACAGAGAAACAGAUAAACCUUAAGAAGAAUUUAUGAGUCUAUUAAAAUAUGAUAAAUUUUGCCAGUCAUUAGAAAUGAUACGUAAAUACAGGAAGUGGUGAGUCUCGUUUGGGUAUUUCUGGCCUUAUGCUUUUGCUUUUGCCCAUGACUUGUUAGAUGCCCCCACUGUGUGGCUGUGUCAUGCUGGUGGUGUGUAGCUUGGUCUGUACAGACAUAUCCUUGUUACAUGAACAAAGGCCCCUGGGCCCUAAGUUCAGUAUCCCCAGCUAAAUCAGGGUGCCCCUCACUGUAAGUAUAGGUGUGUGCUUGUUGGUAAAAAUUACAUCUUGGACAACUGACAAUUACAGGAAUAUCUAAUGGUGUCCUUACUGGUCAUAAUUUCCUAAAACCAGCAAAGAAGAAUCUCCAUUACAACUGGGAAUAAAAACAUUUUUGAGAUCCCCACAUAGUAGUACAAAACUCACUAGAGCUGUUGCAAAUGUGUGACCCUAAAUAAAGUGGUAUAGACAGACUUUGUGUUAGUUGACUAGGUUUGUAAUUUCUAACUGCCCAGGAAAGCAAUGUCUUUCAUAUUCAAUACAGUCUGACUUUUAACUGUGAUCCUUAAAGCAAUUAUGUUUUAAUAAAUAGCACAAGAUUCUUUAUUU